AUGCCAGCACAAAAUGCUGUUGACAGCGGAUUUCAAGGGCCAAUGACAAGCUCGAUAAGAGGUAAUUCCCUGGUGAAAAUCAGCGAACAACAGCAAAGAGCUCGACAGUUGAAUAAAGAAAUCAUAAGACGUAGUUCGGAUGCUGUCCUCGUGCUGAUGAAUAUACCAGAACCACCGGUCCAUUUGGAACGUUUCUGGAAAUACUUGAAUUUUUUAAACGAUAUGUCUAAUGAUCUGAAAAAAGUACUAUUUGUUCGAGGCGUUGAUGUACAAUCGAAUGUUGACUCGGGAACGACAAUCAUGAAAGAAUAG